GUAAGUUACUCCGUAAGUAUUCCUGACGCGCAUGCGUACUUCACACAGCAUCAUCUCAGAAUCAUUUUGACCUUUUUUGAAUAGAAAUUUCGAUUCCAGUUCAGAAUGGAUCCUCAAACAUUCAUGGAUAUUGCAACUAAGGUUACAAAACUGAAGAUGUAUCCGUAUUUCGACAUAGCUCACUACAUGCUGAUGUGCAUGACAGUUAGAGAUGACAUUCCAGCCGUCCAACCGACUGGUGGCCAGCAGCUGUUCCACCGGCGCCACCCUCUCUCCACCUGGCUCUCCAGCAUGCUGGUGUGUUUUGCGGGCAGCAUCAUCGCCAACAUCCUCCUGGGGGAACCGGCCAUCACACCGUUCAAGGACCACCGCGACGUGCUCACAGCAACUGCCGUCUGGUAUGCGGUGUUUUACUCCCCAUUUGACAUCGUGUACAAGCUGGCCAAGCUGCUGCCAUUCAAGCUGGCCAUCUCUACACUCAAGGAAGUGCAGCGGGCGAACAAAGUGUAUUCCGCUGUGAACCACACAGCAAAACUGUACCCUAACGCGUAUCUCAUCAUUGUAGUUAUUGGGACGGUGAAAGGCUCAGGCAGCUACCUGAUGAAGAAUUUCGAGCGUCUAGUGCGUGGCCUCUGGAUUCCCGGGAACAAUGAAAUACUCACCCCAACUUUCGCAACCAAGGCCUGCCUGGUGGCCUCGAUAGUGUUUCUCCUGGAGCGUCUAAACUACAUCGCAGCCCCACACCCUCUGAUCUACUUCGGUGUAGUGAUCUUCUUUGUCUACUUCAAGAUCUCCGCACUGUUGCUGGGUAUCCUCGACCCGUUUGCGCCAUUUGAGAACCUGUUCUGCGCGAUCUUCAUGGGCGGAAUGUGGGACGCGCUACGGCGGGCGGUGAUGCGCGAGCCUCGCGCGACGGAGGACAAGAAUGAUGUUCCCGCGAAGAGCAAGGAGGAUAAGAAAAAGGAUUGAGGGCUUUCAUGGUGUUAGGAUAGUUUUUUAAAUGAGCUGGUUCUGAGAAAACUGGGCUUAAUGCAUGUGCGUAAAGUGUCGUCCCAGAGAAGCAUGUGCAGACACUUUCCGCUUUUAUGGUAUUGUUACUUUCAAAGAAGUCCCAAACUUACCAAAAAAAUCAAGUUUAGGCGGAAAGUGUUGUCCCUGAUUACUGAUAAGCCUAUGGACUGCACAGGCUAAUCUGGGAUGACACUUUACCCACAUGCAUUCAGCCCAGUUUUCUCAGAACAAGGCUCAAAUGGUGGUCCACUGUGAAAUUAGAUGGAGAAUAGGUUUUUGUGAAUGUGUUUUAUAAGGGAUGUUAAUUUGACGUUAGCAAACAAAACGUCCUAUAUGAUUUAUGGGCCGAUAAAAUCGUAAUUUACCAAAGAUAAAAGUAAUAUUGUGUUGAUGAGAAAUUAUUAAAAUUGUCCAAGUAAAUAUCAUUUUACGUUAUUGCUUUUGACAUAAGAUAAAAAUGAUGUUGAACAUGUUGAUUAGAAAUUAAAAAUGUUUAAAGAUAAAAAUGAGCCUGAAUGAUUUUAUCUUGUAUGAAAUUUAAAUCAUAUUUUGUGCUAUCUAAAAAUUGCCACCCAUAAACGCAUUCAAGUCCUGUAGGCAUCUUAAUGUUUGUGAUGAGAAAAAAACAUUUUUUUAUGCAAAACAUUAAAGCAAGAUUUCAAUAAGAAAAUAUUUAAAAGGUGUGUUUCUCUCACAUUAAAGCAUACAAAAUAACCUUAGAAGUUUUCACCUGACAUAAGUAAACAGUGAAGUUAGGCUUUCCCUCAAUGGAGGGGAAAUAUCUAAUGAUUAUGUUUUGUUCUUUAACGUGAAUUGAGGGUUUCCUCUCUUUUUUUGCUCUUUUUUUCAUCCUAUUGUUCUGGUUUAUAUUGUGUUUGCCUAGUGUUCUUUUCUUAUUAAAUGUCAGACAAAGAGUUGGUUUUAAAAGUGUUUUUAUUGAUUUUGUAUAAUUGUUUACCUAAGAAUGUUUAUUUGUAUACAUGUAUUUCAGAAUUUUACUUUAAAAAAAUGUUUUGUUAGUCACCAGCAGAACAUAGUCUGUCAUAGUAAAUUUUAACUUACAUUUUUUUAUACAAGUUUAUUGCACUGCUUUUUGUAUAUAAAAAUACUAACAAAUGCAAUUUCUUUUCUAGUCUGAAGAUUUUAGUCAAAGGUGUUUCAUGCAUGAUUAGUCUCCCUUCUUGUUGUCAGAAAUGACUCUCAAAGUUGCCUCCCUUGGGUCAUGUCAUGACUGUGCAAUAAAUAGUGUCGUACUGAUUAAGAGUGUAUUGCAAAUGUGUUGAAAAUGAUAUUUAAUACACAUCUAGUGCUGUUGUAUUUAUCAAUUUUCUAAAUGUAGAUGACUGUGAUGGAAAAUUGAAAGCUUGAUGCAUGAACUAUGGUUAAGACAGAGUUUGUGUAUAGAUUAAAUUAUUAAUGUAUCCAGAAACUUAGAUCAGAACAUUGGAGUUGGUGUGUUUACUCAAGAGUGUUUUUGUUUGUUGAGAAUGUUUAGUUUUAAAUCUGUGAAUACACUGUAACUCCAAUAUAGUGCGGUCUGUUAUAACGCUGUGUCCAAUAUAAUGCGGGGGGUCCUUGGAUCCCGUUUUUUCUCCAACCUUCCAUUUCUAAUUCAAAUCCUUGUCAUGCAACUUCAUGUAUUUUCAGAAAAUUCAAAGAAGCCGGCGAUCACAGCUUGAUUGCUUUAUCAGUCCGUUAAACUGAUUUUAAUCGAUUAGAGGUUAAACGACACUCGACAGCUAAUUGGUGUUAAUCUGUUGUGUAAUGUCAAUAAAGGUGUGAAAACUCGCGUGUUUGUGUUUAUUACAUGUAUUCUCUAUCAGAGCGGUUCAGUGCACUAAUUUCAAUAAGACAAGUGCAAGCGGAAUAAUUAUCAAAUUAAAGUUGUUUAAAACGAUUACCUGUUUAUGUUUUGUAUUUAUCGUGUAUUGUAUUUCAUUGUAUAAACUAUGCCGGUGUAAGUGUGUUAUCGCUUAUUAUAUGCUACACAUGCUUGAUAAAUAAAAAUAUCUGUGUGUGUGUUUAAUGUUUCAGUACGUUUACGAAAAAUAAAUUAAAAAAUCCUUCGUUUUAUUUACAUGCUAACGCAGUGUAAUGGUUAACAGAGAUGCACUUAAAUUUGUGCCUGUUAUCAGAAAGUCCGCGGAAAGCACGUUUUUUACAUGCUGCGUAUGACGCAAUAAAAUAUUUCUUUGUACAUGUAUCGUAUUGCAUUCAAUCUAAAUUCAAAUUCGCUCGUCCAAUGAAAGCUGUGUCCCAUAAUGCACUAAUUUUUCUGAAAAAUAGCGUAGGCAUAUGAAUUUGUUUACGAAAUUCGUAAACAUAUUUCUUGUCAUAAAUGUUUAACAUUAUUUUUUCGUAAGUGAUGUUGUAAUUAUAUUGGAUUAUCGGAUAAAUGUGCACAUUAGAAAAGCGGUAUGUAUACUGUUAUCGUUCAAUUCGGUUUAUAUGCAUGUAUUUGCGGAUGACAACACUGCAUGACAAUACACAGGACCUAUAUUAUAGGCUAUACUUUACCUGUUUUUAUAGCCCUCUUAAAUAAAUAAGCUCAAAACUUAUAACGCUUUCCGUUUAUAACGCUGUUGCGAGGCUUGGACCCCGUCGUCCGCGUUAUAUUGGAGUUACAGUGUAUUGUAUUGUAUGCAUGAUGUAUUGACAUUUUCCAUUAUCAGAAAUACUAGUCCAAGAAACAUAACCUUUAAUACUAACUUAAAUGUCGGAAAUCAAAUAAGCCUGUUUGUUAUGAAAGCAGUGUUUCAUUUAUAGAUUAUUAUUAUUAUUAUAAAAAGAUAAUUCUUUAUUUAUCCUAGGAUGUAAAUUCUUUGACGGAGGAUAUACACAUUAAGAAUUUUCUUGAAAAAAAUGUUAUAAUAUGUUGUAUUUUUUGUUGUUGUUGAUCUUAGUAAUAAGGAUGACUUAUGAAUAACAAGAGCAACAUUUUAUCCAGCUAUAUAUAUUUUGCCCAAGUAUGUUCUUCAUAAGUAUGUCAAAGAAUACUGGCUCUGAUUUUGAUGCCAAAGGUGGUUGGAUGGUUAGAGUUUCAGUUACAUACUGUAUGUAAUAGCUUAGUAGUUUAUAUUACAUUAUUGGGCAAAUUACUUUAUUAAAUACCUUUGUAGUGUAUAUUACAUUAGUUUGCAAACUUUAUGAAUAAAAAAAUCAACAUCAUCUAAAUUGUUUGCCAAUAAGAAGAUGUUACACAUGUUGAAUCAUUUCUAUAGAAAAUAUAUUUGGCCAUCACAAAUUUUUGAAAUACACAUCAUCUGUGUGACACUGUCUUUAAAUAUCACUCAUGGAAAACAAGUCAAUCACAAUACAGACAUAAAUGCUCUUAUGAUAACCUUCAGAUUUUUAGAACCUUAAAUACAAUGUAAUUGGUUUACAUAUCCUGUAUUCAGAAACUGAGAUACAUUUAUGUCUCCUGCAUUUCAUAUUUGGCUUUCCAUAUUUUGUGAGUGUUUGUAAUUUAAAUAGAUUGGAUUUGUGUAAUUUGGUUUGAACAUAUGUCAGUAUUGCACAUGGAAUGUGUAUUCUUCAUGUGUGCCUGUUCCAUCAUAUGAAAUAAGUUAUCCGAGUGGGUUUGCGUCUCAUCUAGUCAUAUCAGUUAUGUCGAAAUUAUUAUUUUGUUCAUUUUGUGUGGGUAACUGUAAAGGUUGUGUUACUUUUUUCAUGAAAAUCGUUCAAAUAUAAGGAUAAAGGUUUUCGGGACAACCGUUUGAACAUUUUUCAGCUUAUAAUCUUAACUGUGAAGGAUUGCAUACAUAAACAUCUGAAAAUGACAUUGGCAUGAUAAGUUUCCUGAUCACAUUUGUUACAUUUUCUCUAUCCCAAUGUUUUGUUUUUUUAUGCCCCCAGAUCGAAAGAUUUGGGGUAUAUUGUUUUUGGUCAUUUUGUCAGUCAUUGUAUGUGUGUGUCACAAAACUUUAACCUUGGUUAAACUUUUAUAACUUUUGCAAUAUUGAAGAUAGCAACUUCAUAUUUGGCUUGCAUGUGUAUCUCACGGAGCUGCACAUUUUGAGUGGUGAAAAGUCAAGGUCAAGGUCAUCCUUCAAGGUCAAAGGUCAAAUAUCAUUGUUUUUUUCUUUCCUAAAACUUAAACCUUCAUUAAAGUUUGGUCAUAACUUUUUGAAUAUUGAAGAUAGCAACUUGAUAUUUGGCAUGCAUGUGUAUCUCAUGGAGCUCCAUAUUUUGAGUGGCUAAAGGUCAAGGUCAUCGUUCAAGGUCAAAGGUCAAAUUUAUGGCUUCAUCUCUUGUUUAAUUUAAAGUUUUAUUUUAAUGUAUAGAUACAAAUGUCAAUGUGUUGGGUGUUGUUUUUUCUUAUAGUAUUUGAUAGUGCGAGUCCAGUUUUAAAUGAGAAAAUCGGUAUACAUAUUCUAUAAUUUGAAAAGGGUUAUUUAUCAAUUUGAAACAAAAAUGAAAAGGCUAUUAAAUGUAUCAUAAGUGUCAUUUUUGUAAAAUAUCUUAAAAAGGGUGAAUUAAAUGUGUGUUUGCGUAUCGUUUGUUUUAUCAAAUAGCAAAUGCUCAGUUUAUGUCAAAGAAUCUCACUUGGAUACGAAACAACAUCUUGAACAAGUUUUUGUAACUGUUUUGGGGGUAAUUCAUUAAUGGAUGUCCAGUAUCUUAUUUUUAUUUUGUGUUGUAUUUCCGUGGUGUGUUCUUUGAUGUUGUUGUUGUUGUUCAGAUAUAAUGUGUUGUGACCAUGACUUUAUAUAUCAGAUUAUUCGAAAUUUCAUUACAUUACCAGUAUUUGUCUUCUUUCCAUGAAACGUAUAUAUUUUGAUCAUGGAAACUGUUAUCUUUUUGUUUAAAGGGGCCUUUUAUCGUUUGGGUAAAUUGACAAAAUUGAAAAGAGUUGUUUCAGAUUCGCAAAUUUUCAUUUUAGUUAUUGUAUUUGUAAGGAAACAGUAAUACUAAACAUUUAUCAUGCUCUAGAAUAGACAUUUUAUGCAUCUUUUUACGAUUUAAAAACCUGAAAAUUAUAAAGCAUUGCAAGGCGAAACGAAUUUAUAAUUUUGAGAGUUCUGUUGUUGUCGUUAUAUUUUGUGAAACUAUGAGGAUUGCUUAUAUAAAGUAUAAAAUACAUCUGACAUUGUAUCAGGGAAGAUGGCUGAGUGGUCUAAGUGGUAGACUUUUUACUCCAGGACACCAGGGGUCAGUGGUUCGAUCCCUGUUGAGGGUUACUUUUUUUUUCUUUUUUUUAAUUUUAUUCUUGAUUUUUUACUGGAGCUUUUUAGAUCCAAUGUUUACAUUUAUCAAUAUUAAGCAUUUAAUUACAAACUUCAAAAUAUGCCAAAAUCUGUGAAAAGGCCCCUUUAAAUCCGAAUGUUAGUGCCUGAAAGUUUUAUGUUUAAAUAUGGAUGAGCAAACUGAGGUUUAUGCUAAAGUAUUUUAAAGUUGUUUGAGCAAAAGAUUAUUAAAUCAAAAUACAAAGUGAUACAUUUCUAUUAAUUUGAUUAAUUAUGUUCAUGUGAAAUUGAUGAUUAUUCUCAAGAUUUCAGGAAAAAAAUCACUUGUAGUUGUCCUAUUAACAGAUGGUACACUUUGUACACUAACUGUUGUACAAUUGAUUUGCAGCAUAUAUACGAAUUGUUCAUGCUAUCAUUACCAAACUUAAGAGGCAGUAUACACUCAAACUUUUAUUGCAAAUAGACUUGUAUUACGUAGUUUAUGUCCUUUGGCCUAUGUUCAUUUUAGAUGUUGAAAUAAUACAUACUUUGAUUUCUAAUUGAGUGCUAGAACGUACAGAAAAAAACUAAAAACCUGCUUUAAUAGAUUUCCUCACUAAUUCUGAGAGAAAUUUUCAAAAACAUAAAUUUUAAGUAUCUAAAAAUAGCUUGAGUUAUUCGUCUCUGAAGAUGCAAUACUGCCCAUGCACUGUUCCUUUAAUAAGUUUCCUAUAUGGAAAAGAAUUUUAAUAAUGAAAAGGCUCUAUCAUAACUACAGUUAUUAAAUAAAAUAUUUUUAUGAAGGAUUGGUAAGUGUAGGGAUUUCUUUAAGAGAUAAUGUAAUACUCGACAGGUCUAUUAACAACUAAGUAACAACUAAGGUGUUGAGAUUAUUUGUUUUAUAUAAUUUUACCCUUUACAACUUUGAUAUUAUUUUGAUGUGUUUGUAGUCCCUUUAAAAGUUACAUUUAAUCAAAGACCUUUCUUACUAGAUUCAAGUUUUAAAUGCUUCAUUUCCAACCCUAGGAUACUAAUGAACAGCAAACAGCAUAAAACCUGAACAGACUGUGAGUUACUUAACUAGCAGGCUGUUCUGGUUGUAUGCUGUUUGCACAUAGCCACUGUCACUUUGCCUCUGAGUGGGAAAGGGUUAACACAUUGUACAUAUUUUGACACAUAAUACACUUUUUUGUAUGUUUGCAAGAACGUUAUAUGUUGCCAUGUCUUCGUAUUUAAUAGGUUGAUACUUUAAUAUCUUAGGUCAGAUUUUGGAAUAUCGUUUUCACAUUUUACCUUGAGUAAUGUCCAUGUUUUUCGCAUAUAUACAAAUGCCAUUUAUUUAUUCGGGAAGUUUCCUUUUACCUUUCUACUGUUAUCAUCAUUGUCUUCCAUGUUUUGGAGGUAUAAUUAAAACUUACCCAGUG